UCUGUUUAGCCUGUCUAUGAGUUUCACCUUAAAGCCUCUGUGUGUAGUUUCAUAAUAAAGGUAUUUUUCUACUGUUGUUUGUUAUAUGAGGUAAAAAUUCUUUGUAGCCCUUUACUUUGGUGCAAUUUGUGUAAUUCUGUGUUUUUUUCUUUUCCCUUGUGUGCAGGAUUUUCACCCUUUAGUGAGAUACUUAAACCAGUUCCCUCCCGGUGAAUUCCUACCUGCUAUGUCUAAUUGUCACCUCCUAGUUUUUCUGACAACUUCCGACAUGCUUCCUUUAGAGGAUCACUUAGGAGAUCUGUGUAUGGCGAUCAGAAACAAAGAUGCUGAAUUGGCUCGGCGCUGGAGUAAAAGUGAACAGUGGUGCACAGUGAUACAGCUUAUGCAAGCUUCAAGGGAGCCACGAGGAUCAGGGGACGGCUUUUUGAGAAGUUCCGCUAAGAACUUUUAUAUUUUAUCGCCAGCGGAAUUGCAAAUGACGCCGUUGAAAAUGCAUCCCUACUUCUCUACACCAUAUUUAAGUGAAAAGUAAUUUCUGAUACCAGGAGGCAAAACAGCACAUGCUGAAACCGAUGGAGAUAUUUCAGAUGUUGAUCUACUGGUGUGGUGCUUUCUACAGUGAAUGAAAGGGUGUGACAGAGAUGUUUUGUGGAUGCAAAUAAAGCAGUCGUCGUUUCUGUGAUUUGCAAAUGUGUGUAUUUAUUGGAUUAUGCGCAUGAUCACAAGCUGUACUUACAAUCUAGAACAUAAAGAAAGCGACAAAACUUUUGAGUCUGUAAAACAUGUUUCGACAGAAACUUCUGUCAUCUUCAGUUAAUUACUGUACAAAG